ACUGGUACCAGUUGAUUAUGCAACAACAUCUAUAUAUACAUGAUGUAAAUACAGAGAUUACUAGCAAUCACAUAACACUUCAAUUCUCUACUAGACAAAAACCAUCAAAGUUACACAUGGCAACUACAUCAUCCUCGUUACCAAAUCAUAAGUUCCGGAUCAAACUUUUGUUAUUCCUGAUCUUAAACCUCUUGUAUCUUCAAACUUUUGUCUUUGCACAUUCAUCAAACUCUAAAUUCUCCAAAUUCUCAAGACAACCAAACUCCGAUUCAUCAUCAUCAAGGAAAACCAAAUACUCAACUUCUUCUUCUAACGAAGGGUUUCUCAGCUCUGUCCAACACAGCUUGGACCACGCUCUCUUAGCUCAAUCUCUCGCCUUCAAUCUCACACUCUCGCACCGUACAGCUCAAACCCUCAUGCUCGAUCCUGUCAACGACUGUCUUGAGCUGUUAGACGACACACUCGACAUGUUGUCUCGCAUCGUCACCAUGCCUAAAAACCAAGUUAACGAUGAUGAUGUCCAUACGUGGCUAAGCGCGGCGUUGACUAAUCAAGAGACUUGUAAGCAAAGCCUCAACGAGAAAUCUAGCUUCAACAAAGACGGAAUCACGAUGGAUUCCGUUGCAAGAAACCUCACCGGUUUACUGACCAAUUCACUAGACAUGUUCGUUUCCGCUAAUCAGAAACGGCCUUCUUCGUCGUCUAGUAGUGUAAUCGGUGGCCGGAAAUCUUUGUCCAGUCAAGAUUUUCCGAGGUGGGUUUCUUCGUCGGACCGGAAGCUUCUAGAAGCCUCGGUGGAAGAGCUGAGACCUCACGCGGUGGUGGCUGCCGACGGAAGCGGGACCCACAGGAGCGUAGCGGAAGCGUUGGCGUCGUUGGCGGAGAGCAGUGGCAGAAGCGUAAUUCAUUUGACAGCCGGAACCUAUAAAGAGAAUCUCAAAAUUCCGACCAAACAGAAGAACGUUAUGUUGGUUGGUGACGGAAAGGGCAAAACAGUUAUUGUCGGUAGCAGAAGUAACAGAGACGGCUAUAAUACUUACCAAACCGCUACUGUUGCUGCCAUGGGAGAUGGGUUCAUAGCUCGGGACAUAACAUUCGUGAAUAGCGCCGGACCAAACGCGGAGCAAGCGGUGGCAUUACGGGUCGGGUCAGAUAGAUCCGUGGUAUACCGAUGCUCAAUCGAUGGGUACCAAGACACACUCUACACUCUCUCCAAACGCCAAUUCUAUCGAGAAACCGAUAUUUCCGGCACCGUCGAUUUCAUCUUCGGAAACUCCGCCGUCGUUUUCCAAAGCUGCAACAUCGCAUCCCGAAAAGGAUCGUCGGAUCAGAACUUCGUCACGGCCCAAGGACGAUCCGACCCGAACCAGAACACAGGGAUUUCGAUCCAUAAUUGCAGAAUAACCGGUUCGACCGGGACUUAUUUGGGUCGGCCGUGGAAGCAGUAUUCGAGGACUGUUGUGAUGCAAUCGUUUUUGGACGGUUCGAUUCAUCCUUCGGGUUGGUCUCCUUGGUCGGGUAGUUUCGCUUUGAAGACUCUGUUUUAUGGUGAAUUUGGGAAUUCGGGUCCUGGAUCAUCGGUUUCGGGUCGGGUUAAUUGGCCCGGGUACCACCCGGCGUUGACGUUAACCGAAGCUCAAGGGUUUACCGUUUCGGGUUUCAUUGGCGGGAAUUCGUGGUUGCCGUCAACAGGUGUCGCUUUCGACUCCGGGCUUUUAUAAUUUCAGUGACCUUUAUUUUAAUUAUGAAUCAGCCAAUGAUAUGGUAUAAAUUGUAAUUUAUUAUACUUUUGUGUAUUACGCGGUUUGUGUUUGGGGUUUAUAUACAUCUUGUCAUGAAUAAAGUGUUAAAACUGGUAUUGUGUAUAUAAUACAGUUUGUAAUA